AUGGCUUCGCUUGUAACUGAUAAGAAUGCCUCGUCGGCCAUUGACGAGAAUGAUUUCGACGAGGAGCAUGGCGAGCACCACCCCCACCGCAACUCGGUGCACCACCAGCUGCGAGCGAGCAGCUCCAUUAUGCAGCUGAAGAAGCUGUUGGUCGCCAACCGAGGAGAAAUCCCCAUCCGCAUUUUCAGGACAGCCCACGAGCUGUCUCUGCACACAGUCGCAGUCUACAGUCAUGAGGACCGCCUCAGCAUGCAUCGGCAGAAGGCUGAUGAGGCAUAUGAAAUCGGCGCUCGCGGCCAAUACACUCCUGUCGGAGCUUACCUGGCCGGCGACGAGAUCAUCAAGAUCGCAGUCGAGCACAAUGUGAACAUGAUUCACCCCGGCUACGGUUUCCUGUCAGAGAACGCCGAAUUCGCGCGGAACGUCGAGAAGGCCGGUCUUAUUGUGAGACCGUCUCCUGACACCAUCGACGCACUUGGCGACAAAGUCUCCGCCCGAAAACUCGCCAUCAAGUGCAAUGUCCCAGUUGUGCCUGGUACGCCUGGCCCAGUCGAGAAGUUCGAAGACGUCAAGGCCUUCACAGAUGAAUUCGGUUUCCCCAUCAUCAUCAAGGCCGCAUUCGGAGGUGGCGGCCGUGGAAUGCGUGUAGUCCGCGAGCAGUCGACGCUCAAGGACUCGUUUGAGCGCGCAACUUCAGAGGCCAAGUCCGCCUUUGGCAACGGCACUGUUUUCGUCGAGCGCUUCCUCGACAAGCCCAAGCACAUUGAAGUCCAGCUGCUCGGUGACAACCUUGGCAAUGUCGUACACUUGUACGAGCGUGACUGCUCCGUCCAGCGUCGUCAUCAGAAGGUCGUUGAGAUUGCUCCGGCUAAGGAUCUCCCGGUUGAGACCCGUGACAACAUUCUGGCUGAUGCCGUUAGACUCGCUCAGUCUGUCAAGUACCGCAAUGCGGGUACUGCUGAGUUCUUGGUCGACCAGCAGAAUAGGUACUACUUUAUUGAGAUCAACCCACGUAUCCAGGUCGAGCACACCAUCACAGAAGAGGUCACUGGAAUCGAUAUCGUGGCUGCACAGAUUCAGAUUGCUGCUGGUGCAUCACUUGAGCAGCUCGGUCUGACCCAGGACCACAUCUCCACACGCGGUUUUGCCUUCCAAUGCCGUAUCACCACAGAAGACCCGGCACAGAGCUUUGCACCAGAUACCGGAAAGAUUGAGGUCUACCGAUCUGCUGGUGGUAAUGGUGUAAGAUUGGACGGAGGAAAUGGUUUCGCUGGAGCCAUUAUCACUCCUCACUACGACAGUAUGCUUGUAAAGUGCUCGUGCCGUGGUUCCACAUACGAGAUUGUCCGCCGAAAGAUGUUGCGUGCGCUCGUUGAGUUCCGUAUUCGUGGCGUCAAGACCAACAUCCCCUUCUUGAUCAAGCUCCUCACACACCCCACAUUCGUUGACGGACAAUGUUGGACGACCUUCAUCGACGACACUCCUGCGCUCUUCGAUCUCAUCGGCUCCCAGAACCGUGCACAGAAGCUCCUCGCAUACCUUGGAGAUCUUGCAGUCAACGGCAGUCAGAUCAAGGGACAAAUCGGCGAGCCCAAGUUCAAGGGCGAAAUCCCCAUUCCCAAGAUCUUCGACAGCGCUGGUAAGCAGGUCGAUACCUCUGCACCAUGCGCUACAGGAUGGAGGAACAUCCUUGUCAAGGAGGGCCCUGCAGCAUUCGCAAAGGCUGUCCGUGCCAACAAGGGCUGCUUGAUCAUGGACACCACAUGGCGUGACGCCCAUCAGUCGCUGCUAGCUACCCGUGUACGAACAGUUGACCUGCUCAACAUCGCCAAGGAGACCAGCCACGCGUAUGCCAACGCCUGGGCUCUCGAGUGCUGGGGAGGUGCCACGUUCGACGUGGCCAUGCGCUUCCUCUACGAGGACCCAUGGGAGCGUCUGAGGAAGAUGAGGAAGCUUGUACCCAACAUUCCCUUCCAAAUGCUUCUCCGUGGUGCCAACGGUGUCGCAUACUCAUCGCUUCCCGACAACGCCAUUUUCCACUUCUGUGAGCAGGCAAAGAAGAACGGUGUCGACAUCUUCCGCGUUUUUGACGCUUUGAACGAUGUUGAGCAGCUUGAGGUCGGUAUCAAAGCUGUUCUCAAGGCUGGCGGUGUUGCCGAGGGUACCGUGUGUUACUCCGGAGAUAUGCUGAACCCCAAGAAGAAGUACAACCUCGAGUACUACGUCAGUGUGGUCGACAAGAUCGUGGCCAUGGGCGCUCAUGUACUAGGUAUUAAGGACAUGGCUGGUGUUCUUAAGCCUCGUGCGGCCCGUCUUCUCAUUGGUACCAUCCGUGAGAAGUACCCCGACCUCCCCAUCCAUGUGCACACUCACGACUCUGCCGGUACUGGUGUCGCCUCCAUGGUGGCUUGUGCUGAAGCUGGUGCCGAUGCCGUCGAUGCUGCCAUCGACAGCAUGUCUGGUAUGACUUCCCAGCCCAGCAUUGGUGCCAUCCUGGCGUCUCUUGAGGGAACCGACUUCGACUCUGGUCUCGAUGUCCACAUGAUCCGCAACCUGGACGCAUACUGGGCCCAGCUGCGUCUGCUCUACUCUCCCUUCGAGGCUGGUCUCACUGGCCCCGACCCAGAGGUCUACGAGCACGAGAUCCCUGGUGGUCAACUCACCAACCUCAUCUUCCAGGCUUCUCAGCAAGGUCUCGGUGAGCAAUGGGCGCAGACCAAGAAGGCCUACGAGCAGGCCAACGACUUGCUCGGCGACAUUGUCAAGGUCACACCUACCUCCAAGGUUGUUGGUGACUUGGCCCAGUUUAUGGUGUCCAACAAGCUUUCAUACGAUGAUGUUCUGGCCAAGGCCGAGCAGCUUGACUUCCCAUCCUCAGUCCUGGAAUUUUUCGAGGGUCUGAUGGGUCAGCCAUACGGCGGCUUCCCUGAGCCUCUCCGAUCACAAGCUCUCCGUGAGCGAAGGAAGAUGGAUAAACGACCUGGUCUGUACCUUGACCCCGUUGACAUUACCAAGGUCAAGGCCGACUUGAAGGCCAAAUGGGGUGAUGCCACCGAGUGCGACGUAGCAUCCUCCAUUAUGUACCCCAAGGUCUUCGAGGACUACAAGAAGUGGACCUCCAAGUACGGUGAUCUCUCCGUGCUCCCCACCCGCUACUUCUUGUCUCGCCCAGAAAUCGGCGAGGAGUUCCACGUUGAGCUCGAGAAGGGUAAGGUGCUCAUCCUCAAGCUCCUUGCUAUCGGUCCGCUGUCCGAGCAGACCGGUCUUCGUGAGGUCUUCUACGAGAUGAACGGCGAGACCCGUACUGUGACCGUUGAGGAUCAGCACGCGGCCAUCGACAACGUCUCACGACCAAAGGCCGACCCCACCGACAGCAGCCAGGUUGGUUCGCCCAUGUCUGGUGUUUUGGUUGAGGUCCGUGUCCACGAUGGCAGCGACGUCAAGAAGGGUGACCCAGUUGCUAUCCUUAGCGCCAUGAAGAUGAUAUCUCAGGAAAUGGUCAUUUCAGCUCCUCACUCCGGAAAGGUCAGCAACCUGUCUGUCCGCGAGGGCGACUCGGUCGAUUCUGGCGACCUUGUCUGCAAGCUUGUCAAGUGA